CCGCCUCGAUUGCUUAGGUCUCGGACUGCUCCGUAUUAUGUCGCAAUUUGCGUGUCGUUUCCGGUCGUCAAAUGGCAGAUGCAGCUUACAUAUGACCCACUUGGGUGGUGGUUUUGGGCCUUCUCGUCCAGGCUCCUCCCUACCUACGUAACUAUUAUAGGAGGGUUCCGACUCUGCCGCGCGAUCUGCUUGCGAGCUCAGACAUAAUAGUGGCGUCGGUGAGGGCACGCGGUCAAUCACCGUCUGCUAGUAACUUAAUCGUUGACGAUGAUUGAUGCCCGCGGAGGAGAAAAAGCUUUGCGAGACCCGUAUCAACAACUGUGCCAGGGUGGGUUAUGUGGUCAGCCAUGAACAAUCAGGACAAAUCACACGGGGCCAGGUGAUGGCGGUAUCAGUGGAAUGCCGUGUCACAUCCACCCUGCGCCGAUGGCUUGAUUUCACGGUCGGUUGCAGCCUGGUGCUCCAGAUCCAGCUCCAGCUCCAGUUGUAAAGCGGGCGAAGUAAGGUGCUAGUUACUGUUGGGGUGAGAUCGCAUCAGGAAGCAUGGCUAGAUGACGAUUGUAUGAAGGAGGCUUGGAGCCCCUGAUAGCACAGCAGCGCAUGUAAGCACUUUCGUCGGCAGCCAAUGAUAGCCGGGCACUGCUGCUAUGCUAGAAGAUGCUAGUAACCAAGCUGGAAGAGAGAGAGAGAGAGAGAGAGAGAGAGAGAGAGAGCCGGCUUUUCCUUUCUUACGGCGGCAUAACACAAAUUUAGU